CGGAGGCGGAGGUGAGGGGGCGGCCCGGAGGGACCGCUUGGUUACUCGGGACACCGCAGGUGGGCAAGUGCCUUGUUGCUGUGUGGUGAAAGCAGCACACAAUGGCUUACAGCGUGACUCUGAACGGACCUGGACCAUGGGGCUUCCGACUGCAAGGGGGCAAGGACUUCAACAUGCCCUUGACCAUCUCCAGAAUCACCCCUGGCAGCAAGGCAGCACAGUCACAGAUGAACCAGGGGGACCUUGUGGUGGCCAUUGAUGGAGUCAACACUGACAGCAUGACCCACCUCGAGGCCCAGAACAAGAUCAAAUCAGCCAGCCACAACCUGAGCCUCACUCUUCAAAAAUCUAAACGUCCAGUGCCAGUAUCAACCACAGCUCCCAGAAUUGACUCUCCCAGGGCUGUAAUCCCCCACCAGAAGGUCAUAACCAACACCGCUGCCAACCCGGACUUCACGGAGCGUUUCAACCCCAAUGUCCUGAAGGACUCUGCCCUGUCUACACACAAACCCAUUGAGGUGAAGGGCCUUGGCGGCAAGGCUACCAUAAUUCACGCCCAGUAUAACACCCCGAUCAGCAUGUAUUCCCAGGAUGCUAUCAUGGAUGCAAUUGCAGGCCAGGCACAAGCCCAGGGUGGAGAAUUUGCUGGUGCCCUCCCUCUUAAAGACCCUCACGUAGACAGUGCCUCCCCGGUGUAUCAGGCUGUGCUGAAAACCCAGAACAAGCCUGAGGAUGAGAGCGAGGACUGGAGCCGCCGCUCUGCCAACCUGCAGUCCAAGUCCUUCCGCAUCCUUGCGCAGAUGACUGGGACAGAGUACAUGCAAGAUCCAGAUGAAGAAGCCCUGAGGAGGUCAAGAGACAAGGAAAAUGUUGCAGCAGCAUCAGAAAACAGGCCUGCAGAUCCCGCGCAUGCACCCCAGUAUGUGACCUCCAGUAUUUGGCAUCCUCCUAAAUCCUCCACCGGGGAUGCCAACACUGACAGUGCCAAGCCAGUGGCCUCCAAGGGCUCUGUGAGGCUUGGAGCGGGUACAAGUCAGAGGGAGGUCAGGUUCACCUCUACUGGCCAGAAAGUCUCUCUUGCUUCAUCCAGUAACCAAAGCACCCCUGUUGAGCAUGCUCCGGUGUCUACCAGUUCUGCUGCUCCUGCACCACAUGCUUCAGCACCUCAGCCUGCUGCUGCUGCUCAAAAUCCAGCCAGCCUGAUGACACCACCUGCAACCACCUCAGUAGUGCAGGAGUCGUUCUCCUCCUCCUUCCAAAGAGUACUUGCAGCCCCCAGCUCUCUUUCACAGCCUAAGCCUUUCCAUGGGUCCAAGAACAUGUCAUUAGCAGCUUCCACUAUUUCAUCUGCUAUCUCAUCUCAGUCUAGUUUCAACCGGCAUUCUUCCACCUCCAUCAGCUACCAGUCACAGAAGAGAAACACAAGCCAGUCAUAUACACCAGUGCCAGUUUCUGGAAGCUACGGUGAAAGCCCUGCUGCUUCUGGUACUUCAAAACCAAGAGUUGUUACUACUGCCAGCAUAAAACCCUCUGUCUACCAGCCAGCACCAGCACCAGCACCAGUUCAUUCCUACACCCCAGCCAACACGGAGCCUGCAAGUCGCCCUCCCUGGGUAACAGAUGACUCGUUUUCCCAGAAAUUUGCACCUGGAAAAUCCACCACCACUGUCACAAAGCACAUCCUACCAAGGGGUGCUCCAGUGCCACCUCCUGCCUCAACUUCUGCUUACCCAUCUCCAGUUCCACCUUCUUCCCAGCCUCCCACGGCGCGGGGAACAGUUCAGAGGGCUGAGCGUUUCCCAGCCAGCAGCCGAACUCCUCUCUGUGGGCACUGCAACAGCAUCAUUCGAGGUCCUUUCCUGGUAGCCAUGGGUCGCUCUUGGCACCCAGAAGAAUUCAACUGUGCUUACUGCAAGACAUCCUUGGCUGAUAUGUGCUUUGUGGAGGAGCAGAAUAGUGUGUACUGUGAGCGCUGCUACGAACAGUUCUUUGCACCCACCUGUGCCAGGUGCCACACCAAGAUCAUGGGGGAAGUGAUGCAUGCCCUGAGACAGACUUGGCACACAACCUGCUUUGUCUGUGCUGCUUGUAAGAUGCCAUUUGGGAAUAGCCUGUUUCACAUGGAGGACGGGGAACCUUACUGUGAGAAAGAUUAUAUUGCUUUGUUCAGCACAAAAUGCCAUGGCUGUGAUUAUCCUGUUGAAGCUGGAGAUAAAUUCAUUGAAGCCCUUGGACACACUUGGCAUGAUACCUGCUUCAUUUGUGCUGUAUGCCACGUGAAUUUGGAAGGUCAGCCAUUCUACUCCAAGAAGGAUAAGCCACUGUGCAAGAAGCAUGCCCAUGCCAUCAAUGUUUAAAAGAAGAGUUGGUAGUCAGUAAUGUUGGGGUAAAACAGAUGACUAACUGGGCAAUCAUAAAGUUGAUAACCAUGGCUAGCAUUUCCCUUGGUAAAAGCUAGGAAGUUGGUACUUCAGAAGUUUAACUUUAUCCUCUUUCGUAAAUGCAGAACGUGCUUUUUUUGCAAGGUUCACACAAAAACCUCCUGAAUGAACAGUCAAAACCAAAUGAACUAAUGAACUAGUCUGUUAUUAGAGCAACAGUUGGAGAAAAUCUUGAAACUAACUAAAAACCUUAAUAUAAAAAGUAAUGUGCAAAUACAGUUUCAAAUGAACUACCCGCAGCAGUUUUACUGCUUAGACCACACACUGGUGUUCAAAAACGACUGGAAAAAUCCUUUUGUAGUAAGUCAUUUUCUUUCACAGCAAGAAUGAGUAAGUGCCAUAUGUACAGUCAUCUGUAGAACCAAAGGCCAUAGCUUUCAAAGGGAAAUAAAUAGAUUAGGGCUUCCUCUGUGAAAGUGAGUGCUGUUCCAUUAUGUUGUGGGGCUACCUCAUAGCAUCAGAUAUUUUAGAUUCUUUCCAAAUAAGAAGUCUGCCUUGAAUCCAUAUGUAGCUGGGAAGCCUAGGUGACAAUCCAUAACAGUUUGAAAAUGAAGUGGAAACAGAAUAAUGCCUUCCAUAACCCAGUAAGAUUGAGGAAAGCAAGCUGGGUCAGCCUUGCCAAUGCACUUGGCUUAUACGUGCACAGUAGAUUUGAAAGUUCACUUUCACAUCAUAAUGGAAAAGGACAACUGGCUUUCUCCAAAUUGCUCCGACAUUGAAUGGAAUAGAGCUAUCUGGAAAGGCCAACUUUUAAUUUGAAAUCAGUUUUCCUUUCCUCUUGAGUUAAAAAAAAAAAAAAUUAAUUCAUAGUCUCUUUGGUUUCUAAUUCCCACUGAUACCAGAGGGAGGUAGAAAUCUACAUCUGGGCCUUCACAUUGAUGAAUACAGAAGAAACACAUCCACCUAGCACAGCCAGGAAGUGGAAGAUUCCCUAUUCUAUCUCACAUAAUUGGGGAAAAGGGCUUUUUUUUUUCCCCUAUAGUAAAUUAACAUUGGUUAAAAAUCCAUAAGGCAGCAGGCACAUGCUCUGUAUUCGUUUCCUUAGUUUAAACACAACUCAUGAUGAAUUGUAGCAGUAUUUGCCAUUGUAAAACAGUAGCUGGGUUCUGACAAUUAGGAUAACCAUAUAGUCAUCUUUUCUAAGAACCAUACAGUCAUCUUUCUUCUAAUGUUUUAAGAACAACUUUCAAGUUGCUCAAACAGUUAUUUAUAGAGCAUUUUUUUGGGAUUUUUUUCAAAUGAGCAAAACUUGUAGUACUGAUAACACUUCUGAAUUUUUAAAUAGGAAUGACUUUUGCAUUGGAGACAGCAGUUCUGUCUGAUGGAGUUAAGAUGGAAAGUCUGAUCACUGUUCAAGUUUUAUUAACUCGUUUAAGUGAGAAUUACGAUGUGUGUGUUGACAGCUUGCAGUACUGACAGUUUGGAACUAGUAUUUCUGAGGCUGAGGAUGCAUUCUGUGGGCCACAUGCUGGCGCCCUCUGCACCUGUUUUACCUUGUGCUUUGAGCAACAAAAAGUUACAUAACAAUGCCUGCCUCGCCCCUCCUGUGGGUAAUGCCCGUUUUAAGAUAUUUAUGUGUCUUUCAAGGAAUGAAAAACGAUCCAAAGUUUGGGACGGGAAUAAAAGAAAUUUGGAGUUCUAAUAUGAGAAUUAAGUUAGCUGCAGGCAGUUUGCAUCUUGGACAAAAACAACCACCUGAACUGCCUGUGGCAGUUUUGACAUGUAUGACUGGUAUUUAUUGAGUAGGUAUCUUAGUUUUCACUGAUCUUAGCAGUGAUCUGACCUGAGUGCUACAGGCUCAGAUUUUUGUGUGCAUGAAUUAGUCUAAAACACUAGCACAUCAUAUGCAAAGCCUAUUUUUUUUCUAUAAGCAAGCAAAUUUUCUGUUUUCAGUCGGUGCUGGGCUGGUAUGAAUAUGGUUCCAUAGGUUACAAAAUCCAGAGAUCUGGCUCACAAUAUUCUCCAGAGGAAUAAAUAGUAAUUAUGGAAGUUAAAUGUUUUUUCCACCCAUAUUUGACUUCAUUAAAUACAUUUUCACAACAGUGAGAAAAUUCUAAAUUUCCUUUUAAUUUUUCUACGUCAUUCUACAAAAUUAUGUUGUUACCUGUUAUUUGGGAGAAUUCUUAUCAGCAUACUAUAUACUAAGACUGCAUUGAAGAUACCCUUUAGACAGAUUUCUGUGUUACCCACUGACUGGGACUGGUCUCUGACUGCGACAUCAAAACAGGGAGUCAGGCUCCAUGGGGAGACACAAAAUGGUAGGGCUUGUGAUGGAAGCCUCAGGAGAAUUUCAGGAGAAUUUCAGGUGUGUAUGUGUGUGUGUGUGUUUUGUGUGUGUGUCUCCUUUUCCCUCCACCUUCCCCCUCAAUGUCCCUAAAAGCUGCCUCUUCCCCAGCAGUGUGAAGGAUGAAGCGUUCUAGGAUAUGGCCAGAGGUGGAAGGCUGCAGCUUGGGCAGGGACACAGACUGUGAGAUGAUGUUGGUAGACACAGCAUGGCUGAGACUGUCCCUUCUUCAAGUCCACUGAGGAGCCCAUUCUGGCAGCUGGAGCAGCCCAGGGCAGCCUGGGCUGGCUUGGACUGUGGGAGGUGGGGCUUUCAGUGUGGGCAGGGGAAGGGAGACUUGGAUCAGAGAAGGCAGAGCUCCUGCAGCAGCCAGAAUGUGGGGGCUCUGGGGACCUCUGGUUGAGUGUAAAAAGGUCAGGGAAGCCCUUCCUGCAGCUGGGGUUGGAGUGGGGGGAAUAGCCAGGUAAGGCCGUUUUCACCAAGCUGACAUGUUGGGUAGUUGGGGUGGGGCAGAGCGGGAAUAGAGGUGGGGGCAUAGCCAAGAUGACUCACUACAGUCAGGGAAAGGGCUUGAAUUAGGAAAUUAGGGUACCAGUAGCUCACAGUAGUCCAGAGAGGUACUAUUAGUGUAUACAGAAGAGGUGAGCAAGGAUCCAGUCCCAGUGUACUAAACCUGAAGUCGGUGCUGCAGAAAAAUGAACGCAACGUCCACGAGCAGAGCUGAGCUGAACUCGUGGGGUGGCAACAGUGAAAAUGCAGCAGCACAGACUUCAGUGGGAGCUGUACUGGCUUGAGAGAAUCCUGAAAAUUUCCUUCUCAAUGGGAGCCGUACUAACUUGAGAUUGAAAAUUUCCUUGGGCAGAUAACCUGCACUGUAGCACAUGCCCUGACUCCAGCUGGUGUCUGAGCAAGUGAGAUUAAAGUUAGUUUACAUAUCACUAUAUGAGGUGCAGUGGUAUCUCUGAAUGAAGAACAGAGAUGCCCUGAGGAUUAUCACGUAAUAAAAAUUUCCUGUUAUGACUUGUGCUGCUUCAUAAUGUGGUCCAAAAAUAGGGAAUCCACGUACCCGCCCUUGAUAUCUAUGUUAAGAUAUAAUUUUUGCACAUAUCUGAACCAGAAAUUUUUGAACAAUGUAGCAUUUUAUUCAUGGGGGUAGCAAACCACAUAACUGCUGAUACUCUUCUGCCACAUGUCACCUUUGUGAUAUGGAGAGUGUAAAAUGCAUAUACAUAAUUUAUAUAUCUAAAAUUCAAAACAUGGCCUUUCAAUUAUCACUGAACAUAAUGUUGUACAAAAAUAUGCAAGGUUAAUAAUGUGUACUUGUUUAUGUUUUAUGUCUUGUAAUAGAUGCCUGGGAUGAGUCCUAAGUUCCUCUGAAUAUUUCUUUUCAUUCUAAUUAAUGUGGGGUUUUAUCUAAUAAAGCAAAGAUACUGUACCUCUGAAUGAUCAAUUAAAAAGACCAGUCUUUUAUUUCACUAAAAGUGUUCAAUAACUUUUCAGUCUAAGGCUUCAAAAACUAACUUAAUGCUUUCCUCUCUUUUAGUGUUUUUUCUGCAAAACAAGGUAAAUUAAAUGUUUCCAAAGAAGACUGCUUUUAUUAUCUGGGCAAAAAAAACAGUCUUAGGACUUCUUGUUUUUAGAAGUUAAUUUUUACUAUAUUGGAUUCGCACAUUACACAGCUCUAAAAUCAAUUCAAAACAAUGAAAAAUUUUUUUUUCUUUGGUCCUUCAGUGGUCAGUAUUUGGGGUGAAAUGUUUUGUUAAAGAUUAUUUGUAUUUAUGUUUAAUAAUGUGAAUGUCCACAGCACUGAACACACUCAUUAGUGUCUAAUGCUGGGCACGCUAAUGUUUGUUUGCAAUACUUGUCUCCUGGAAGCAGAUAUUAAUUUGUUUAGUAUUUAUAAACAUCAGAAUUUGAAACUGAGUGAUUUAUUGCCUGCAGUGAUCAUAUAUUAGAAGUCUAGGUUUUAUAAUAUAUUGACAUAUUGACUUGAUGCCACAAGUGCCCUUGCUUUUAGAUAUAUAUUUUUUCCUAAGUUCCUAGUUAUUUCAGAACAGAAUGUAGUGAGGUUUAUGAGAUGUGAGUAACUCCCUUGCAUGGAUUAUCUGUGCCAAGAUGAAUAAAACAGUUUAGUAAUAAAAGCAAUGUGCAAAUACAGUUAAAGCUUUAUGAUUUGGGCAUAUUUAUUAUAUGGCAUGUGAACAGCUGACAGCUUUCAGCCAUGUAACACUGGUAAGAAAACACACACAAGCUUGUACUCUCUACUUCAGACCUGAAAAUAAAAAGCAUUGGUUUCA